AUGGAAAAAGGUGGAGAUAAUCAAACAUCAGUCUCAGAAUUCCUGUUGUUAGGACUUACUGAUCAUCCCAAGCUGAAUUUUCUUUUUUUCAUGAUCAUUUUAUUAAUGUAUUUCGUGACUAUAAUUGGGAAUUUGGGUAUGGUCAUUUUAAUAUGUUGCUCCUCCAAACUUCAUAGUCCUAUGUACUUCUUCCUUGGCAAUUUGUCAUUUUCAGACUUGUGUUAUUCUUCUGUUAUCACUCCAAAGCUGAUGACCAACUUGUAUUCCGACCAGAAAGUUAUAUCUUUUAAAGGGUGUGCAACACAACUAUUCUUUUUCGUAUUGUUUGUAGGUUCAGAGUGUUUUCUUGUGACUGUGAUGUCCUAUGAUCGUUAUGUGGCAAUUUGCAAUCCUUUAUUAUAUACAGUUAUCAUGAGCAAGCCACUCCAGCUUAAAUUGGUUGGGACUGCUUACUCAGGAGGAAUACUAACCUCAAUAAUACACACUAGCUGCACUUUCAGUAUGACUUUCUGUGGUUCAAGCAAAGUUAACCAUUUCUUUUGUGACAUCCCACCACUUCUAAAACUCUCCUGCAAUAACACUUUUAUCAGUGAGCUUUUUAUGUUUCUCUUAUCUAGUAUCUUAGGAGGCUUAUCUGCAACAGUAAUCAUGUUUUCCUAUACUAAAAUAAUAUCUACAAUCCUAAGGAUGCAGUCUCCAGAAGCUCACUUACUAGUAGUUGCUUUAUUUUUUGGCACAGCCAUCUUUGAGUAUGCAAGGCCGAUUUCUAGUUACUCAAUCCAGAAGGACAAAAUCAUUUCUUUUGUGUAUACAGUUGUCAUUCCAAUGUUAAAUCCAAUCAUUUAUAGUCUUAGAAAUGCUCAUGUGAAAAAUGCCUUUAAUGGUGUCUUAGAUAAAAUUUCUUGGAAAUAG